CAUACUUCCACGGAGCUGCAUAAGUUGAGAGGCAAUAAGAGCUAGCCAAUCAGGAAGUGCACCGGCCGGCCUCACGCCAUGGCUUGCCACGUGAAGGCCAUUGUGUUUGGCGCCGCCGUCCUGGCAGCAUUUGUUCUCGCGACCGAGGGUCGCGCUGCCCGGAAGGACCUGGGGCUGGGCCUCGACCUCGGCGGCGGCGGCGGCCUCGGGGUCGGCACGGGCGGCGGUCUGGGAGUAGGCACCGGUGGCGGUGUGGGGAUCGGUGUCGGCAUUGGCGGUGGCGGUGGCGGUGGCGGCUCUGGCUCUGGCUCCGGGUCAGGGUCCGGGUCUUACUCAGGCUCAGGCUCUGGGUCUGGGUCAGGCUCAGGUUCCGGGUCUGGGUCUUGGUCUGGGUCAGGCUCUGGGUCGUCGUCGGCAGGGUCAAGUGCAGGCUCGUACGCCGAGUCGGGCGCGGGCUCGAACGCAGGGCCAGGCGACGCAGGGUCGUACGCCGGCUCACGGGCUGGCUCCUACGCGGGCUCCAACGCCGGGAACGGAGGCUCCGGCGCGGGCUCGUACGCCGGCUCCGAGGCCGGCUCGUACGCAGGGUCUGGUGCUGGCCCGCAUGGGGGGUCCGGGGCCGGCUCGUACGCGGGGUCCAGGGCUGGUUCCUACGCUGGCAGCGGGCAUGGCAAGUGAAGUGAGCGUCUGCUGCAUAUACGUCCGUGCCAUUCUACCGAAGUGAUAUAUUGUGAGUUGGUGUGUCUUUAAAAUGGAUCGCCUCCAUGCGGUUGUAUAUAUAAAAAUAAAAUAAGUGUAGGUGGUGAACGACGAAUAAGGUGGCAUGUGUAAUAGUGUGUAUAAUUUGCACCCAUGAAUAAAGCAGCACGUACAUGAAGUAAUGAAGAUUGAUUUGAUAUA